AUGUCUGCCGAACAUCCUGAAACAAACCCUACCAAGUUACUUGUACCUCUGCACGUUAAAUACAUCCAAUCUCUAGAUACUCGAAAGGAAGACCUUGAGUAUUGGCUGACAGAACAUCUUCGUCUUAACGGUAUUUAUUGGGGACUCACCGCAUUAGACCUGAUGAACAAUGUGGAUGCUCUUGCCAAAAAAGAUGUGAUUGCCUAUGUACGCGGACUUCAGCACUCCAAUGGUGGAUUUGGAGGUCAUGUUGACCACGACCCACAUUUGAUAUAUACUCUGUCAGCAAUUCAAAUUCUGAUUAUUCAUGAUGCAAUUAAUGAGAUUGAUGUUGCCAAAGCAACUGAAUAUAUUGCCAGUAAACAACAGAUAGACGGGUCAUUCUGUGGUGAUUCUUGGGGCGAAGUAGACUCGCGAUUUUCAUAUAUCGCUCUUUCUUCUUUGUCUCUAUUGGGCCGUUUGGAUGCUAUUGACGUAGACAAAGCAGUAGAGUGGAUCUUGAGAUGUAAAAACUACGACGGAGGAUUCGGUAAUCAGCCAGGAAGCGAGUCCCAUGCUGGCCAGAUCUUUUGUUGUGUAGCCGCACUAGCAAUUGCUGAUGCUCUUCACCACGUCGACAUUGAUCUGCUCAGCUGGUGGUUAUGCGAGCGCCAACUAAAGAACGGCGGACUUAAUGGAAGACCAGAGAAACUUGAAGAUGUUUGCUAUUCAUGGUGGGUUCUUUCUUCACUUUCUAUACUUGGACGACUACAUUGGAUUGCAAAAGACAAAUUGAUAGCCUUUAUUCUAUCAGCACAGGAUCCUGAGAAUGGUGGUAUUUCCGAUCGUCCUGGAGAUAUGGUUGACGUGUUUCACACCUUAUUUGGUGUAACUGGUCUGUCUUUACUCGGUUAUCCAGGUCUCAAAGAGGUUGAUCCAGUCUAUUGUUUACCCAAAUAUGUUGUCCAACGCUUAGGUUUAGCUCAAAAGUACCACAUUUGA